AUGAGCAACGAGGCAACUUCAUUGGAGCAGCUGUGCGUGCUAACUCUUGCCUCAAGAGCCUCCUUGAUCGCCCUGGCGUUGUUGGUAUCAGGUCUUGUGGUUGCGAUGUACCUCCUGUAUCGCUCGAUGAUAAGGAUGCAACAGCUCGAAAGCCGCAUAGCGAAGCUCGAAAAUGACAUUUGCUCCGUUGGCUCGCCUGCUCAAGAUGCCCAACAUGGCACACCUGAACAUGAAGGCUCCAAGUAUCUUUCCGACCAUGCUGAUCGAGCGGAUACGGAUGCUCCUUCCAGGUACCUGGGGGACCUGCGGCAGUCUCACUCAAGAACCAACUCUCUGGGCAGCAAUUCCACUUCAUACCUCGAUCAAGAGACGGACGGAGACUCUAAGGGAGAGAGCUCGCCGCUCUUCCUGCCGAGGACGCGGUCCAUGGGGGAGCUUCACAUGCAGGACACAUCUCCAGAUGCGCAGAGCAGGUUUCACUGGGUUAGCGGCGGGAACUUCUCCCGCACAGAGUCGAGCAUCUCGCACCAGACUGUUGAGUUCGAGUCGACGAUCGCCCACAUGCGCACGCGCAGCUUCUCUAUGUCAGGGCAGGAAGACGCGCAGCUGCCUCGAUCCAACUCGUGGUCGGCACACCAAGACAGAUCGCCUCUAGGACGGGCGAGCCGGAGAAGUCCUGUGAGUAGCGAGGUGCUUCCCAACAAGCGAGGUCCUCUCCGCAAGUACUCGGCGUCCUCCAGCAGCGGAGCCAGGUUCUAUGCCAAGGUGGUAGACAGGAGGGGGUGA